AUGGCAGAUGAUGUUAUGGAUAAUGAGAAAAAGAUAACAUAAUUAAAAGCAAAGAUAUUAAAACUAAAAAGCAAGAAAGAAGAGAUGGAGGAAUAAUUGACAUAAAAGGAAUUAAGAAAUAACUUUUUAGAAAAAGAAUUGACUUAGAAGACAAAAGACUUUGAACUAUUAGGUAAAUAUGUCACAAGUGGAUAUCAUGAUGAUGAAUAUUAGGAGAAAAAACCGCAAGGUUAAUAAGUGUCAAAAAUGCUGGAAAAAUCAGUAUUAGAGAAAUUUAGUUAUCACACUGAUAAAUAUUUUAGAUAUAUAGAGGAUUGUAUUAAUUAGGAACAAGAAUAGGCUGAAAUAAAGGAUGAUGAUAAUCAAUAUCAAGCUCCACCACCAACUUGUGCAAUAUAAGUAAAAUGUUUGAAAUCUUGCUUGCCAAAAGAUAAGUAAGAAUUUGGAGUUCCAGGAGAUGAUCCAGAUUAUGUGACUCAAACAUUUCGAUAUACAAAAUUAGAAACUUUCGAAAGUUUAAAAUAAGCUGCUCUUCGUUUUUGGGGUUUAGUCGAAACAAAAGUAACUACUAAUUAUAUGGAAAAUAAUCAAAAGUCUAAUGGUUUACAAAGUGAAAUCCAGUAGGAAGGAGGAGAAUAAUCUAAAGUUAGUGAAGCCAAUGGCUAAGUUGCAAUAUCAGGAUUGAACAACUCUUAAUCAAGUAGAUAAUCUGAGAGUGAUAUAAAAAGAAUAGCAAAUAGAUUUGAAAUAGUGACAGAUGAUUUAGAGCCAGUUUAAAAUACAAAUUUAAUUGAAAGAUUUUUAAAUGAAUAAAUCGCUAAUCCAAAUAAGAAUACAUUAUGUGUUGUGUUGAGAAAAAAAAAAAAUAAAUAAUCACAUAAAAAAGCUGGAGGUAAAAUUCAAAAUGACGGUAAAAGUCAAGGUAUGAGUUAAGUUAAAAGUUAUGGAGUUAGUCAUGGUGGGUAAAGUUCAUAAAUAGGCACUUAAACAAAUUAAUAAUCUAAUUAACAAUCUAAGGUGGCUGGUGAUGACUAAUCAAAUUAAUAAUAGUAUAAUUAAUUAGAAGAAGACGAUGAUGACGAUGAUGAUGAAAAUGAUCCUGAUUAAGAUGAAGAAAAAAGAAGAUUAAAAAUAAAACUAUAUAAAAAAUUUGCUACAUUUUUUAAAAGGUUUCCUUUACUAAGAAAAAUGUUUAUGAUUGACAAAAAGGAUAUUGAAUCUCGAGGAGUUAUGAUAGAUAAAGAAAUUAAAUAAGAUAAAAAAGGUAUGACUUGUGAUGAUAAUAACUUUUGUGUUAUUCUGAUAUUGGCAGCGCUGUUUGUGUUAAAUUACUUAGCCCUUUACUAUUUAGAAGACGGUCCUUAUGCUUAAACAAAUUAUAGAAGACUCUAAUCAUUAUUAAAAGUUGGAAGUAUUGGUGAAGCAGGGUCAUAUAGAGACAUAUCUAAAAUUGAAGAUAUCUAUAAUUACUAUUGCAAUGUAUCUGGCAUACCUUACGAGCUUAUGGUUCCGGAGUCGAAUUUUCGGCAAUCCUUUGAUAUUAUUGGUGCUAUUAGAAUCAGAUAAAUAAGAACUAAACCGGCUGAUUGUCAAUACCCUCGGAGAAAUGAUAGGAGAAGCUAAAUCUCCUGUGUUUAUACCUAAGUAACGUCAUCUUCUAGAUAAACGGAUCAAAUAGGGGACGGUUCAAAACAAUGGAUGUCAUAUCAAGCUACCAGCGAAUUAGGAAUUCCCAGAAUUUCUAAAGGAACUUUCGAUGAUUAUGAUUCAUCAGGAUAUAUUUUGGAUCUGAAAAAAUCAGACUAAACUCUCUUGCAAUAUAAAAAUAAAGUGAUACAAGAGUUAUUUAAUCAUCCAGAUUAUUUAGUUGAGGGAUUGAAUGCAUAAAUUCUAACCAUGACUGUGCGGAGUAGAAAUGACGGGUCUUUUAUAUUUUUAGAGUUUUUGAUUGAAUAUACCAACAGUGCUUUGAUACCAAAUAUUCCAUUGAUCAUUCCAUUUAAUUUAAAUUUAGCUGGAAGGGGAUUAUCAGCACCGUAUUCUGUAAUUGCAUAACAGUCUCUUGAAAGUCCGCAAAAUCCUAUCGAUUUUGAAGUUGGAUUAAUAAUUUAUUUAAUUACAAUAGCUAAAGUUUUUGUAGGUAUUUUCUUUUUAUUUUUCUAAUUAAUAAAAAUAAAAACAUAUUUAACAGAUUCAAAAGUUAAAGGAUUAAAAUAUUUUAUUUCAAUUACAUUUGUUUUGAACUGCUUAAUAAUUUAUAUCACUUUUAAAAGUUGUGAUUUAAUCUUUUAGUAGGAUAAAAUGAAUUAUGAUGCAGCUGAAUUAUUUAUGAAAGAGGAUUUUGUUGACUUAGGAGAUCUUGCAGCUCACCAUUCUUCUGCCUUGUUUACAAAUACAAUUGGAUUGUGUUUUACGAUUUUAAGAAUAUUUUUACUAUUUAACUUCUUAAGAUCAUUUGAAGCAGCCCUUAGUGCAAUAGAGCAAUAUUAUUUAAUGAUAUUUGCAAGUUUGUUCAUUUUGGCUUUUGUCUUAGUUGGAUACACAAUGAUUUCUAUGAGUCUGUAUGGCCAAUAUAAUGUUGCUUUCAGCACUUUCACCAGAGCCUUGACUUCUUUAUUAUUGAUCUUAACUGAUUGUUAGGAUUAAUAUUCCUUUUAUCAAUUCGAUAUUACUCUAGGAACUGUGUUUAUGAUAAUCUUUUAUUUCUUAUUUUAUACAUUCAUGUUUAAUAUUCUGGCAGUCAUGUAUAUAGAUUCAUAUAGAAUUAUAAUAGUAGAUUAAGGAGAAUUAGUUUAAGAUAGUUGGACAUCAGAUGAUAUAUUUAAAUUUUUCACAACUUGGAUUCCAGAUAGUUGCAAAAAGAAAUUUAACAAAGCUCUUUAAUAAGUCUAAUUGCACACGGAGUGA